UCGGCCCCGGCCAUGGCCUUCCGCCGGCGGGCCAAGAGCCACCCGCUCUUCAGCCAGGAGUUCCUCAUCCACAACCACGCCGACAUCGGCUUCUGCCUGGUGCUCAGCGUCCUCAUCGCCCUCAUGUUCGAGGUCACAGCCAAGACUGCCUUCCUGUUCAUCUUACCUCAGUAUAAUGUUAGUGUGCCUACAGCAGAUGGGGAGCUGGUCCAGUAUCACUAUGGGCUGAAGGAUCUGGUCACCAUCCUCUUCUACAUCUUCGUCGCCAUCAUCCUGCACGCGGUGGUGCAGGAAUACGCCCUGGACAAAAUCAGCAGGCGUCUACAUCUCUCCAAGGUCAAACACAGCAAGUUCAAUGAGUCAGGGCAGCUGGUUGCCUUCCACCUCACCUCUGUCAUCUGGUGCUUGUACGUCACGGUGACGGAAGGAUACAUUUCAAACCCCCGGAGUCUGUGGGAAAACUACCCGCAUGUUUAUCUGCCGUACCAGGUGAAGUUCUUCUACCUGUGCCAGCUAGCAUACUGGCUGCACGCCCUGCCCGAGCUCUACUUCCAAAAAGUCCGCAAGGAGGAGAUCCCCCGGCAGCUGCGCUGCAUCACGCUCUACCUGCUGCACAUCGCCGGCGCCUACCUGCUCAACUUAACCCGCCUGGGGCUGAUCCUGUUGCUGUUGCAGUACUUGGCUGAGUUCUUCUUCCACAUGGCACGGCUGGUUUACUUCACGGACGAGAACAACGAGAAGCUGUUUAACGUCUGGGCCGUCGUGUUUGUGGUCACCAGGCUCUUCACUCUCACCUUGUACAUCCUGGUCAUCGGCUUCGGGCUGCCGCGUGUGGAGAGCCAGGCCCUGGACCCCGAGAGAGGGAACUUCUUCAGCUUCCUCUUCAACAAUAUCCUCUUCAGAAUGAGUGUGCUGCUGUUGGUGUGCCUCUUCCAGGCCUCGGUGAUGUGGCGCUUCAUCCACUUCCAGCUGCGGCGCUGGAGGGAGUACUGGAACGAGCAGAGCAGUCGGAAGCGAGCCGCCGCCACUGCUGGCACCAAGCAGCAAACCAAGCUGCUCAAAAGGGACUCGGGUUACCAUGAAAACGGAGUGGUGAAAGCAGAGAACGGAACUUCACCUCGCACCAAGAAGCUCAAGUCUCCGUAGAAGCCAAGGGUUGUCUCCUGGGGAGGAGGGUGAGAUACCAGGACUGAGCAGCCCCUCCUGCUUCUCACGAGCAGCGUCUUGGAAGGCUCGGAAUCAUCUUCCCAAGGUGUCUCUUGCUCACCUCCCUUCCUUUCUUGCUCUCGUGAAUCGUUUGCAAUAAAACCAAAAAGGCCCCUUUCCUGUUCUCCCAUCCCCCUCAUAGGAACCUUUUCCAGCCCUCCUGGUUUUGCCUUCCUCUGUUUGAUCAGAAACCAGCGUGCAAUUUUGUUUUUCCCUUUUCCAUUUUAGCGUUCGGUUAUUUUGGUUAAUGGUUGCAAAUGUAUCAUAGAUGGUUCCAAACAAUCCUUUUUUCUCCUACAGCAUGUUCCUCCCCUCUCUUCAUGGUGCUUCCCUGAGCCCCUGGGACAGGGCCAUGACAGCUUGAAGGCACCAAAUGUGUGUUGUGGGAUCAGAUUCCUGGGGGAAUGUGCUGGGGCUGUGAGAUCUGAGGCUCAGGGGUGCUCUCAGGUGAGGUGGGACACAUCUGGGCUGUGAGAUCUGAGGCUCAGGGGUGCUCUCAGGUGAGAUGGGGCACAUCUGGGCUGUGCUCAGCAGGAUGGUGGUGCUGCAAAGAGAGACCAGGGUCUGAUGGAGGAAGCUCAACCCUGUCUUGUCUCCUGGUGGACCCCUGGUUGACUGGGGUUUUCUGAAUUCUGCUUUUGAGAAUUUUUGAGAACUGGGUGGCAGAGAAGGGAGAGUACUUCCCUCUUCACGUGUAAGGUCCAGCUCCCAGCCUUUCCCCAGCUAGGUUUCUCUUGGCUGCCUUGUGGCUGUUCUGGGACUCAGCCCCAAGAGCUGGGCCCAGGGCUCUAUAGCUCUCAGUAUUUUGUUAUGGGGCAGCAACAUCCUCAGUUCCACAUGAAUCCUUAAGUCCUGCCCUGCUCUGAGCACUGGCCUGGCUCCUGUCAGCCGUUUGCCAGCUUCUCUGUGCCUCGUGGACCUGGUGUUCUUGUUCCUCAUGACCACAUCCAGGUGAUUGCUGCAAAGGGUUCUUGCAUCAGUGGGACUGUGUCCCUCGUGCUGUCGCCUCAGCCUUCCUCAUCCCGACCAUACCAGUCCAGCCGUGCCAUCGGCAGCCACCAGCCUCACACUUUGUUUCCAAAGGAUGCAGUGCUUGUAUCCACCCAAGGUGCUAUCAAAUCCAAGGUUUCUUCCAAAAAUCCUAGCCCCUUCAUCCCUUUCUGACCUGUGAAUGAGAUGACAGGGAAGGAAGGGGAAGGAGGCCAGAGCUGCAAGGAGCAGCUUGCAUUUUAGGAGAAGCCUGGCUUGUGAACACGUAUCUGUUAGCAGAUGGAGUUGUCUCAAAUCUACCUCAGAGGCCAUCUGUUGCUGCAGACCACUUUUCUCUCUUGCUCCUGCCCGCUGCCACUUCCAUGUGCUGGCAAGAGCUUUUGUGGAAAGCCAGAUCCCACCAGCUUGAUCCCUUGCUGACUCUGCUGGGGAGCAGCAUCUGCUUGGGCUUUCAUGGGUGAGUGCCAUCUCUCUGGGCUUCUUUUUGGGGUGCCACGCCAGGCUAGGUUUGGCAGGUGAGCAGUAGUGGCCCCUCCGUCCCCACACUGUUCUCUGGGGUGGUUCCUGAGCUGGGCUUUGCUGUUGGUGCCCCUUGUGCAGCAAAGUCGGCCGUAGCUUUAGUUCUGCUUCACCACAGCAGGAGCAGGGGACUCGUGGUGUGUCCCCUUGGCUGGGUCAGGAGAGGGACACAGAGCUGGGGUGUUCUCCAUGUGCAGUCCAGGAUUGAUCCUUGGCAUGCCCCUGUCUCAGCCCUUGGAGGCAGAUGAACUCUGGCUCUCUCCGAGUGCAAUUCCAGCCUGAGGCUGGUGCAGUUGUCCUUCACGCCAGUUGUGUUUUGAGGAACCGGUGACAGUUGAUUUUCUGCCCCUCUUUCAGUUGAGUUGGGUUUUUUUCCAUUUAUCUGGGUGUCUUUUGUCCUUUCCUCCCCCUCUCCUUGCUGAGGAGGCACUGGAAGGAGAAACCGUGCAGGGGCAUGAGGACAGUUGGUCAAAUUCCACUUUUUCCUCAAUCCCCACAACAGUGAGUGUCAAGUGAGAUUCUGGCAGGAGAGGGCUUUCCCCAUUUUCAGGGGAGCUGGGGAAGGAGGCUGGAGCAGAGCCCUUGGUGGUACCUUGCCAUUGCUGCUCAUAGCCUGUGCUGGGAGGAUAAAGCACUUUUUGGCUCAGAGGCAGCGACAGAAUCUGCCGUGCAGUGUGACUGGGGAAAAAGAGCUGUAUGUUGGGGAGAACGUGGAAAAGGUCUAGUGUGAGAGGUUUUUCCUUUCUCCUGCCUCUUCCCAUCCCCUGCCAUCCACUGCCAGUGCCCUCCAGGAGCAACUGCUGGCUGGCACCUCCUCAGACCCUUGGCCAGGCCUUUCUGCAGCAGCCAAGCUGCUGACUCUGUUAGCAGGUGACACAUGGAGCCCCCAAAAACACAUCUGCUGAAUGAUUCCUCCUCCUGCCUGCUUGGCUUCGGGCAGCUUUUCCACUUGCACAAUCCUCUCUCUUCCUUCAGUACCUGGUGAUGCUUUGUAUCCCAAGUGCCUUAUGUUGUAGCCUCUCUCUGCACUAUAGCAGUAGCUGAACACCCUCCUUUGUUACUACAUAUGUACAACAUAUGCUACAUUUAUGUGUGUUUUAUUUUCUUUUUGGUAGAGCUACCGGGAAAAGGGACAUUUGUUUUUGAAGCAUUUCCAUGUGUUCUUUUUAUGAUUUUGGUUUUUAAAACCUAUAGAUGACGGGGCUUUAUUUUUUUUUUAGCCCUCCCCUAUAUUUUGUCCUCAGAAAUCCCCAUCCUUCUGUUAGACCCAAACCUGGCAGGUUGUGGUUUUUUUUUUUUUUUUUUUUUUUUUUUUAGCUGAGCCUUUGUUGUGAGGCAAUAUCUGCUGUCAUCCUGGAGGUUUGCAAUCCCCUCUCCAUCAGAGGGGCUGCCAUGGGCUGCUCCUAUCUCUGUGUUGUAGUGCAAGCACAAUCCCUGGGCUGCAAGCCCACAGUAACUGCUCCUGUGUCCGUGUCAUUUCUCAGCAGAUCCAGCCUUCCUCUCAGCCCAAAGAGCUUUUUCUUGGAGCAUUUUCACUGCAAGCCCUUAGUGGUCAGUCUGUCCUUGGUCGCUCUGCCUAUGAAAUGACACAAGCUCACUUCCCUUUAGUGGAUGCUCUUCUCCUGCCCCAUCUUGUCAAGCCCUGUGUCAUCUGGAGAAAACAUGAUGGAAUUAUUAGGUGAGGUUGGAAAAUGCCUCCAAACUCGUCAAAGUCCAACCACCAAGAUCCAACCCCGAACAGGAGCUCUUGUGCAGAAGGUGAUGGAGAUUAUCCAAAACUUCCAGUGGGACAUGAUUCCUUGCAUCCCUCCCAUGGACUUGAGGCUGCUUUAGUAGUCUAAAUAUGUCCAUUAUCCAACUUAAGGUGGUCAGGAAUUGAGUAGUCUGUGGUUUUUAGGGUGAAGUGUAGUGUUUUCCUGUCCUAGCUAGAAAUGCUGUGAAAUACCAGCAGUAGUUCUCUCUUGUCUUAGUUGGAGAAUGGGCUUGGGAAGAGAAAGGGUGGACGAAGAGCAGAUGUAGCAUUUCAUAUACAGUUUUUGAGUGACUCUUACGUUACGGGGCAUUACAGUCACGUUUUGUCUUGUUGUUGUUGUUGUUUAGGAUUUUUUCUUCUUACUCAUCAUGUUUGGGUUAGUAGUAGCCAAGUUCUAGUUCCCCUGUAGGUCCCCUUACCCUCAACUAAGUGUUCUAAAAGGUAUUUUUGGUAGGCUUCCUGGUUGGAGGGAAGAGUGGCCCCUCUGGGAUGUCUCUUCCUUGUCUCCAAGUGACUGGAAGCUCAGAGCCACCCUGCCUUUCCUGCAGGGUUUACAGCAGCCUCAGGCUCUUGCCUUUGGUAGAUUGUGUCAACAGUGGAUGGGGAUGGUGGGGUUUGAUUUGCAGCCUUCCAGGAAGCUUCAUGGGGGAUGAAAGGUUGGUUUAAUAGGUUUUAUGCCCAGCAGUGAAGUAUGUUCUUCCUCCUUGGAGCUGUGGGGUUUUUUUCUGUGAAGAACGGCUGUUGGAAGAGCCAGGCAGAGGUGUGUAGUUUUUCCUGGAAAAUGUUAAACUUGACUGCUGUAACUUCAGCAAAGGAACUCGAGGAAAAUUUCUGUUCUUCCAUAUUUAUGCUUUAGUGCAAAU